UCCUGCCAGCCCACCCCCACUAUCCCCCCCUCCACAGCGACCCGGGCUCGCCGUCGAUUAACAGCUCCAUGCAAUCGCCCUCCUCCUUGCGGUCGGCCGAUUCCUCGGCCCACCCGAUGAUGUCCUCCUGCGACUCGGACAUCCCCUCGCCAGGCCUGGACACCACCCCUCUGCGGCCGAGCCGUGCCGACCAGACGUACCGGCACUACGGGCAGGGGGGCACCGGCGUCGGCGGGGACCUGUAUGCCGACGAGUGCACCGACGAGGCGGCCCCCUUCGGCGCCGGCUCCAGCGACGACGAUGAGGGCGCCCUCGGUGGCGGGUCCACCGGGUCGCUUCCUCCUGGGCCGGACGCCCGUCCGCCGGCCCGCUGGCAGAUCUACCUCUCCCUGGCCUCGGUGGUGGCCAUCUUCAUCGGCAGCGCCGUGGUCAUCUCGCUGGCCGUGCGCACGUCGCUGGCCACCCCGGUAAAGGAGGGCGAGCGCUUGAGCAUGGCCAUCGAGGCACGCUCGCUGCUGACGCAUCUGGGCGCCUUCACGGACGCCGCGCUGGCCUCCGCCUCGGCCGACAUCCGCCGGGCCGCCUUCAUCCCGGUGGCCUCGGUGGCCGGCGGGGUGGCCGCCAUCCCCGGGCAUGGCCGGCCCUCGUCCCUGGCCCCGGUGGCCGUGGAUUACACCCCGGUGUCGGCGGAUGCCCUGGCCGCCGUCCUGGCCGCCGCCCACCAGCAGGCCCCCGGCGCCGGGCUGCCCACCCGCGCGGCCGACACCCUCGGCUACGAGGCGUCGGCUCUCUACAUCGAGGCGGCCCUGCGCCAGAACACCACCUUCGACGUCCAGCGCGAAUACUUCGACACUCCGCUGCACGUGCAUCGCACCGCCGGCGCCAUGGACAUCCUGACGCCGAUGCCGCUGGCCCUGGUCCCGGGGCAGGACUUCUCGGUCCUCUCGUACGGCAGCAAUGCCACGCACGUUGACACCACCGUCGGGCAGGUGGUAUCCAUCCCGGCCGAGACGGGCUGCCAGCCGGAGGACUAUGCCGGGCUGCUGCCCGAGCCGCCGGCCGGCGCCCUGGGCCUGCUGCUGCAGACCGAGUCCCCGGCGGCCCCCGCCCACAUGGCGACGCUGGCGGCCCCCUGCAGUGCGCUGGAUCGCGUGCUGGCCGCGCAGGCGGCCCUGGCCGCGCGCCAGCCCGACACCCCGGUCUUCGAGCUGGCGGCCUUGGUGAUGGUUGUGAGCCCGGCCUCGGCCGGCGGCCUCCGGCGCCCGUACAUGCUGCCGGAGGCCUGGCGCCUUGGGGACCCGCUGGUCCAGGUCCCGGUCAUGUCGGUGUCCUCCACCGUUUCCGGGGUCCUGCUCAGUGGCGGGCCCCUGAGCACGCUCUCCUUCAGCAUGGAUGCCGAGCUCCGCCUGGCCGAGACCUUCAACCUGGUGGUCCAUGUGCCGCCGGCGCGGGCCGCCAGCCCGGACGGUCGCACUGCCCCGGCCCCCGGGGCUCCCCUGUCGACGGACCUGCUGCUGGUCGGCGCGCACCUGGACUCGGUCCCGGCCGGACCCGGGCUCAAUGACAAUGCCUCCGGCUCGGCGGCGCUGCUGGAGCUGGUCCUGCGAUUCCAUGCCGAGAAGCUGCACGAGCGCUCAGUCAACCCGGUGCGGUUCGCCUGGUGGGGCGCCGAGGAGACCGGGCUCUUUGGCUCGCGGUACCACGUGCGCGAUCACUUUGUCUACCCUCCAGUGGGUUUGGGCCUGGCCCAGCAGAAGCACACCGGCGCCUCCUCUUCCGGCAACUCCGGCAGCUCCGGCAGCUCCGGCUCGUCCACGCCCCCGCCGGGGGUGGACCCCUUCCCUGCGGUGGCCUACGUCAACUUGGACAUGCUGGGCUCGCUCAAUGGCCUGCCCAUGGUGUACACCGGCACUCCCACCAUCGACUGGCCGUAUGCCGACUUCCCGGAGCCCAUGCGCAAUGCCAGCACCCGCAUCGGCGAGACCAUCGGCCACUACUUCGGCCAGGUGGCCAACCCGGCCAUUCCCUUCGCCUACACCCCCCUCGACGGUGGGUCCGACUACCUGUCCUUCCUGGAGGCCGGCGUGCCGUCCAGUGGCCUGGCCACGGGCGCCGGGUCGCUGAAGACCCCGCUCGAGGCCGACCUCUAUGGCGGCUUCCCGCACAUGCCGUACGACGCGUGCUACCAUCGUGAGUGCGACGUCGCGGCCAAUGUCAGCACCUCGCUCCUGGAGGCGUGCGCCCGCGCUGUGGCCUUCGUCACCGGCAAGUUCGCCACCCACCCCUGUCUCCGGCAUUUCCUCAGCGUCGGCGACGACUUCUGCCCGAUUUCCACCUGAGUCUGGCUGGUGCUGCCCUUUCCUCCUCCUCCGCCCCCCCCCCUCCUUUCAUCAUACUCUCCCUCCCUCAUGCUCCCCCGCGCUGGAUGCAGUAUAUCCGCGCCGCGCAGAGCUGUGUGUGGGCGGACUGCCCUCCCCUUCCCGCGCGAAAGCAGAGCCUGUGCGCAGCUCCACCUCUCCCCCUCCCCCUCCCGCGGUCUGGCUCCUGCGCACUUGCCUUGCCUUGCUGGCCGACCCCUCUCCCCGCCCUUCGAUCUUUUUUUUUUGGCCCGACAAUAUACACGUUAGU